AUGAGUUUUCCAACGUUCCCAACGGUGAGCAAGUGCCCCUCCAUUGGUAGGGAAAAGGACACGGUGGUUGCGGACAUGGAUGGAACCUUACUCGUUGGUCGAAGCUCUUUCCCUUAUUUUGCUCUUGUGGCCUUCGAGGGUGGUGGGGUUCUCAGGCUUCUGUUCUUUGUCUUGGCUUCUCCUAUUGCUGCUCUUCUCUACUACUUCAUCUCUGAGUCUGCUGGCAUUCAGGUUCUGAUAUUUGCCUCAAUGGCCGGAAUGAAAUUGUCGAGCAUAGAAUCAGUGGCGCGUGCGGUGCUUCCCAAGUUCUACGCGGAUGACGUUCACCCGGAGUCGUGGCGCGUGUUCUCGUCGUGCGGGAAGCGGUGCGUGCUGACGGCGAAUCCGAGGGUGAUGGUGGAACCUUUCUUGAAGGAGUUUUUGGGCGCCGACUUGGUUUUAGGCACUGAGAUUGGGAGUUACAGAGGAAGAGCAACUGGGUUGGUGCGCAGUCCUGGCAUUCUGGUUGGCCGAAACAAAGCUGAAGCUCUGAAGAAGACUUUUGCAGAGGAGAUGCCGCAUGUUGGACUUGGUGACAGACAAACCGAUGCUCCCUUCAUGGCUUUGUGCAGGGAGGGUUUCAUAGUCCCACCCAAAAGUGACGUCAAAUCAGUUUCCACUGAGAAGCUUCCAAAGCCCAUAAUCUUCCACGAUGGACGACUGGUGCAGAAACCAACACCCCUCAUUGCCCUUCUCACCAUUCUCUGGAUCCCCAUAGGAUUCCCCUUAGCAUGCCUCAGAAUAGCUGCAGGGUCUCUCCUGCCAAUGCAUAUGGUCUACUAUGCUUUCUGGGCCUUAGGAGUCCGUGUCCUAAUCAAGGGCACCCCACCCCAACAAGUCACAAAAUCAAACCCUAACAAUUCCGGGGUUUUGUUUAUCUGCUCCCACCGCACCCUCCUUGACCCCAUCUUCCUCUCGGCCGCCCUCGGCCGCCCCAUCCCCGCCGUCACCUACUCCGUCUCCCGCCUCUCGGAGUUCAUCUCCCCCAUCAAGACCGUCCGCCUCACCCGCGACCGCGCCACUGACGCCGCCAUGAUAAAAAAGCUCCUCCAAGACGGUGACCUAGCAAUCUGCCCGGAAGGCACAACCUGCCGCGAGCCCUUCCUCCUUAGAUUCUCCGCCCUGUUCGCGGAACUCACCGACGAGCUGGUCCCCGUGGCGAUGGUGAAUCGCAUGAGCAUGUUCCACGGCACAACGGCAAGAGGGUGGAAGGGUAUGGACCCGUUUUACUUCUUCAUGAACCCUAGUCCCGCUUAUGAAGUUACAUUCUUGAACAAAUUGCCGAAAGAGUUGACUUGUGGGUCAGGGAACAAGUCGAGCCAUGAUGUGGCGAAUUAUAUACAGAGGGUGAUUGCAUCGACUUUGUCGUACGAGUGCACUGGGUUUACCAGGAAGGAUAAGUAUAGGGCACUUGCGGGGAAUGAUGGGACUGUGGUGGAGAAGGGUCACGUUGUUAAGGCCAACAAACUCAUGGGUUGCUAA